AUGGGCGAUGGUUGGAGUGAUCAAAGACAAAGAACUUUGAUCAAUUUUUUGGUGUAUUGUCCUAAUGGCAUAUCUUUCAUAAAAUCUGUUGAUGCAUCAGAUAUGGUUAAGGAUGCCACAAAUUUGAUGAAUUUGUUUUCAGAGAUUGUGGAAUGGGUUGGGCCUUCAAAUGUUGUACAUUUGGUGACAGAUAAUGCUAGUAAUUAUGUUGCCGCAGCUACUCGUGUUGUGGAUGCCGAUGAGAAGCCUUCUCUUGGUUAUGUUUAUGAGGGGAUGUUUAGAAUUCGUAAAGGAAUCAUGUCUAUCUUUAGAGACAAGCAAAGGUUGUAUAAUCCUUACAUCAAAAUUGUUGAUGAAAGAUGGGAUAAGCAUUUUCGGCGCAACAUUCAUGCAGCUGCCUAUUUUCUCAACCCCGCUUUUUUAUAUGAUGAAAGCACAUUUGUAGAAACUCCAGAAGUAAUGCAAGGCCUACUUGAUUUGUUAGAGCAAAGAAGCAUAUGUAGCAAUAGUGAGAAGGCGAUGAAGGAGAUCAAAAUAUAUCGAGAUCGAUUAGGGAGUUUUAGUCGUGAAUCCGCUUUGCAGGCAUCUAAAAAUAUGCAACCAGAUGAAUGGUGGAAAUUAUUUGGACAUAGUGCGCCUCACUUGCAAAAAGUGGCUAUUCGACUCCUUAGUCAAACUGCUUCUUCAUCAGGGAUGUGA